AUGGACAUCUCCCAUUUCUACGAUGACGAGCCCUACAAGGCUAAUGCACUCACUCUUCACCUUUCGCAGAUGGAGCGACGUGAGCCUGGGAUGAUGAUGGCCCAAUCCCAACGUAGCUCAGGUGGUGUGCCGUUUGGAAACGCCACUGGCCUUCACGGUAUUAAUGCACCUCCUACUUCAGCUGCCAAUAACGCCUCGUCUUCGAGGAAAAUGCAGCAUCCAUUCCAGGUAAGCCUCUUUUUUCUGCAAUCUUAG